AUGUGCGCUUGCCUUGCCGAUCUUCUAUUGAUUGUUCUUUCUGUGUUUUUCCCUCCUUUGCCAGUAUGGAUUCGUCGUGGAAUCUGUUCCAAGGACUCCGCCAUCAACAUUCUUCUUUGCAUCCUUGGCUUCAUACCUGGCUUGAUUCACGCGUGGUAUAUCAUUGCUAAAUACCCACCCUAUUCCCAUCAAGCUGAAUCCAAGGUGUACUAUGUCUACAGAAAUGAUUUGGAGAAUCAAACACCUAGAGAUCACCCUCAUCAACAUCAACAUCACCACCACCACCACCACCACCAAGGCCACUCCAGUCACCAUCAUGACCAGUCACAUAUUACUGAAGAGCCUGUAAACCAACCUGUAUUUGGAUACGGUUCGGUUGUUGAGGGAGGUAAUAUUGGCAGCAGCGCCAAAAUUGGUCAACCCCAAAGUGGAGCACCACCUUCGUACUCUGAAGUUGAUAAUAAAGUCCAACAUUAA